UUAUAAUAGUAGGAGCUAUAAAAAACACAGCACUACCCUUCUGUAUCAUCAUAUACUUAUAUCGUCGCCAUUUCUAUAACUCAAGCUCCUCCGCCUUCCUUCUCACUUACCAUUCCUUCUCUCUUCUCUCUCAAAACACCUUUUCAAACCAAAAAAACUACCGUAUUUUUAACCUCAAACUGAGAUUCACAACAUAGUUUCUCUAAAUUUGACCCCUCAAUUACAUUUUAAUCUGUCAAAUUUUGUAGAAUGUUCAAGCGAAGAUGAUUUUCUCAUUACUAUGCAAAUCUCCUCGAAGUAUUUGCAUGUCAAAUUCUGUUUAUAUUGAAGAUCUAAUCUUAACAAGCUUCGUUCUCGUGGCGUUUGAUUCAGAAUGUACCAGACAAUGAGCCCUGAUAAUUUAGCUUCAACUUGCGUUAGAAAAUCAAGCGCAAACAAUUUUAAGUCAAGCAAAGAAGAUCAGAAUGGUGCAGAAAACAUCAGAAUAACACCCAACAAUGGAAACACUACCCAAGCAACAACUACUACGGUUGCUGUCACCAAUUUCGACGCAAAUGGCAUAAUGCAAAAAUCCCCUCCAAAAACUCACCAAGAUAAUAUCCAUCACCACCACAACCAACAGCAGCAAGCCUCAAGUUCUUCAGCGAUCAAUCAAACUAAUGAAAGUAGCCCGAGUCGAAACAGCGCGUGCUUCGGUGGAGGCAGCAGUGGUGGAUGUGUUGGUGGUGGCGGUAAUGAUUUAUUGUUACAAUGGGGUCCAAGGAAGAGAUUGAGGUGUUCAAGAACAGAGGGUCGGUCCAUGGUUAGCGUUGUUUUAGACAAACAUCACGCUGCAACCAAUCCUGUAAUGCCGCCACCGCAUCCGCCUUCUUCGCUUCCUUCAACCUCUAGUAAUGGUAGUAGAAGUGGAAGUUCUACCAGAGUUAAACCUCAUGGUUUGCUUUAUUCUAAGGAGACUCCUGCUUUUCUCCCUACCAAGAACAGGAACUUAGUUGAUCAAAUGGCCUCGAACAGCGCAUCACCGUCGAAAAAUGGCGGGGUUAGUAGCCGUCCGGUUUCCAGAUCUACGGUGGGGAAGCGAUCCCCAUCUUGUAUAGAGAAGAAUGAUAAGAAGACAGCUUCUUCUGGGCCAAUUAGAAAAGUGAAGUCAGAUGAUUCUUUAGUGCCUGCUACUGUCAAUGGAAAUCACCUUAAUUUAGUAGCCCAAGGAGAGCAUGAGCACGGCCACAGCGGCAGUGGGCAUGCUGCUGCUAUGGUCCGUUCUCCGGUGGCCGAUGCCGAGAAGGGAGGUGAAGUAGUUGAAUGCCCAAGGAUUUUUAUAUCACUUUCAAGGAAGGAAAAAGAAGAUGAUUUUUAUGCAAUGAAGGGUACUAAGCUACCACAUAGACCCAAAAAGAGGGCCAAAGCUGUUGAUAGAGCCCUCCAGUAUUGUUUUCCAGGUCUUUGGCUUUCUGACUUGACGAGGGCUAGGUAUGAAGUAAGAGAGAGAAAGAGUGCGAAGAAGCCAAGGCGAAGGGGGUUGAAAGGAUUGGAGACAAUGGAAAGUGAUUCAGAGUAGAAUGCAAGGCGGAAGCUUCCUCAACUACCGUGCUUUUUGGUGAAACUAAAUACCCCAACGUGUACAUGCUUUGCACCUGUAAUAUGAGAACUAUAGCUACUCCUCUCCCUUCCCCUCUCUCAAGGACAAGUUUUGGUUCUUGUGAUAUGUGGAGGUUGGGUUCUAAUAUUUCGAGUUUUCUUGAGAGCUGGCUCCAUGGCAAAUGUUGCUUUGCCUCAAGGAGACAUGGUCCAGAGAAUCGUGUGGGGAGAGGGGGUGACCCAGUUGGUUGUAUGGUAUUUUUGCACACAGUCGUGGAUGAGAAGCAAAAUAUCAAAUAUGCGCCUUCACUGUUGAUCUAUGUACA